AGCUACCUUGGUUGAGCCCGGGCACGUGCGCUUAGACGAGCCAGACGACAUCGUAGUGGGCAGCGAAAAUCCUGGUCCAGACGGCCCUCCCAAACCCAAGCGCUACGGGCAUUUCUUCGUCAAGGAGAAAUUGAGCGAGCCAUAUAACACGGCGACGAGCCCAGCGGGCCAUGCAAAACGGAUGAUACAGUGGCUGAACGAUCGGCAGCCUGUCAGCGCAGUCAAGAGCGCCGAGUUAGUGUGGCAGCUAGGACAUUGCAGUUAUCCGCCGUUGCGCUUGCUGCUUGGGAGCUAUGCGGUGGAGAGCGUUAGGGACAGAUUGAGGAGCAUUAUUGAGGAGAUUGAGGAUUGGAAACACCUUUCUUUCCCUGUGGUUGGGCCAACAGAAGAGGAAAGAGAAAGAGGCGGGGAUGAGAUGGAGCAGGAAGACCAGGAGAAUGAGUGACUAGCGUAUGCGCGCUGGACCUCGGCAUUUACCCCAACACCACCUUACAUCAUACUCUCUUACUCUAAGUUAUGCCAUUCAUCCCAACCACAUAUUCCAUAUACCAACCUCACGCGAAAUACAAUCAAAGUCUCCUUACUAUACCGCCCACCAAACCCUCACUAUGCCACUCUGCACCCUCCACCUCAUCGCCCUCGCCCCCACGGCCUCGAGCCCCAAUCCCCAACCAUCUUUCCUCCACGCUCUCAAAUCCGCAAACCUAACCCCCCUCGUCAUUUCCCGCGUAAUCCGGUGGAUCAUCCUCCCGUCGACCUUCUCCACCGCGCCCCUCCUCGCCCGCAACAUCCACUGGGACUUCCUGCUCAUCUUGCCCGGCACCGACGCCCUUCCUUCCUCCCUCACACCGCUGAUCCAGCACACCUGGCGCAUCACUGCGGGCGUCCCGUCCCGUUUGACCCAGGAUUUUGCGCGGAAGAAUGCAGAAUUGUUACGGCCGGCGAAGGGCACCGUACCGGAAGUUAGCGGCGAUGCGCUGGAAGGAGGGCGCACGGCGGAGUCAGCGCAGAAUCUGGAGUUGUCGGAUGAACUGAAGGAGUGGAUCCGGGGGUUCUCUAGGAAUGGGACGAAAGAAGCCAAGGGUGCGGUGUCCAUGUUCAAUUUGCUGUCCUUUCGCCCUGGGAAGAAAGCGAGCUACCUCGAGUACGGCAAGGCGUUUGCAUCAUCCAUUGGUUCCUCGCACGGAGGUAAUGCGAAGCUCGUGGGGGGUGUCACGCACGUCGAUGGCGUGCCAAGAGGUAAAGAGGUCGGAGAUGGGGAGGGCUGGGAUGAGGUCGCGCUCGCGCAUUAUCCGAGUGUAUUGCACUUUGCGGAGAUGCUGGGGGAUGCGAAGUACCAGAGCGUUAACCACGAGUUUCGCGUGCCGGCGCUGCGGGAUACGGCUAUUUUGAUGACGAGCGAGGUGGGUCUGGAGGACUUGAUGCAGGAAAAAGCCGGGGCGAAGUUGUAGUCAGCUCGGGGCGUAUUGGCAUGUGGUGCGUGUACGAUAACCAAACCUUCCAAUGAAGCCCAACAAAAGUACAUAUGUCGA